CCGGCAACAGAUAAAGGGUUCAGUUUUUGCCCUCCCAGCCAGCAAUCCAGCAAGAAAAACACACACUGCAGCUGCCCUUUUCGUGCCAAAAAAUCUUCAAUUCGGAGCUAGAGAGAGAUAGAGGAAGAAGAAAUAGGCGCUCGCUGAAAAUAGUAUUAGCUCAGGAAAUGGAGGAUUUGAAGAAGAGGAAGCUAGACGAAUUGGGGAACAGCGAGGUGUCGCCCAACUCGAAAGAUUCGACUGCGAAUUCAACUAUUGAGGAAUUGCGCGCGCUUCUUGACCCGCUCGCUAAGCCGCAGCUCGUUGAUAUACUUGCUAGAGCUGGGUCCCAAUAUCCUUCUAUUGCUGAAGAAAUUAAAAGUGUUGCAAGUGCUGAUCCUGCCCUUCGAAAGCUUUUUGUUCGGGGUUUAGCAUGGAAUACUACUUCAGAAACUUUGUGUGCUGCCUUUAUAGAGCAUGGUGAAAUUGAAGAGGGUGCUGUUAUAUAUGACAAAGUGACAGGAAAAUCGCGUGGUUAUGGUUUUGUUACUUUUAAAGAUAUGGAGUCUGCUCAGACGGCUCUAAAAGCACCUAGUAAAAUGAUAGAUGGUCGUAUGGCUGUUUGUAACCUUGCGAGUGAAGGACUAAGCAGCAACAGCAUAACACCUGAUCAAGCCCAAAGGAAAUUGUACGUUGGUGGUUUGUCACCUGAGACGACCAGUGAAAUGCUGCUCGCCUUCUUCAGUAGGCACGGUGAUAUUGAAGAGGGUUCCGUUGCUUAUGAAAAGGAAACAAAUAAAUCGCGCGGUUUCGGCUUUGUUACCUACAAGACUGUCGAGGCAGCAAAGAGAGCUAUAGACGACCCCCAAAAAUUGCUCGGAGGAAGAAACAUCACUGCCAAGCUAGCCGAUAACUACAAAGGGAAGGUUACACAAUCACAGCUACCAUCAUCCGCGGUUCCAGUGCCUGUACAUAUGAAUGGUGGAGCCCCUAUGGGGUACGGCUAUCCCCAACCGAUGGCAGCAUAUCCGCCUGCUUCCUACACAAACCCACAAACAGCAGCAGCUCCUCCAUAUGCUGUCCUUCCACAUUACUCUUAUCCUCAGUAUGGUGUUAAGAAAGACACGCCUCCUCCACAAACGGCCAUGGGGGGCUACCCUUCUUACUACAUGCCCAAGCAAUGACCACCUUAACCUUAACUACUAGUAAGGUCAUGCUUAGCGCUGAUGCACGUGUAAUUUUUCUUCAAUGGCUCGAUCGCUUUACAGGUUUCUCUCUCUGAUCGUAGCUGGGAGAAGAAAGAAAGAAACUCAAGUAGAGAAGAAGCUGCAUGCUCUGAUGCCAAUUACUAAUUAAUGUUUGAAUGAUUUUUUUUACUUUCAUCUUUAAAUGAUUUUGUUAGCCGUUCUGUAUUUCGUAAUACUGUUGACUAGUCCUUGCAAUUUAUUUGCUAUGUUUUUCUGAUGUGCA